AUGACUGUUCUGACCCAUAGCGAUGGCGAGCUUGUUAGGAGAGCUGACGGGAGAUAUACCCCAGAGGCAGUAAUGGUUAUUACCUGUACGACCGUAUCCCUAUACAAUGGCAUCGAACUCCUCUCCCUCAUCUUCACGACCUUUAAGCGGUUCAGAGGCCUAUACUUUUGGAGUCUCCUCGUGGCAUCUUUCGGCGUGGUCCCGUAUGCGGUUGGCUGGCUAAUCGACUACUUCGACCUCGCGGGCGAUGUCGCCGGAAUACUCAUCAGCGAUAUCGGCUGGAUACUCUUGAUAACUGGGCAGGCAUUGGUCCUCUACUCUCGACUUCACCUGGUCCUGGAUAACGACCGUAUACUCUUGGCCGUCAAGUGGAUGAUUAUCUUCAACGCUGUCGUCUGGCAUACCACCAUGACCGUCCUACUCUUCACAGUCAGCUAUCGUCCCCGAGAAGGGAGGGCCAGCUACAAUCCCAUCUUCAACAUUCUGGAAAAGGUUCACAUGACGUGCUUCUGCGUGCAAGAGUUUAUUAUUUCUGGGCUAUACCUUUGGAAGACCCUUGAUAUCCUCAAGACAGCACUCGGAGGUACACGCCGUAUCAUGCGGCAGUUAUUUGUUAUCAACAUUCUGAUCGUUAUUAUGGAUAUCGCAUUGCUUGUCAUUGAGUUCAUGGGCCAUUAUCUAUGGCAGCAGGGACUCAAGGUAGUCAUGUACUCGAUCAAGCUUAAGCUUGAAUUCGCCGUGCUGGGGAAGCUUAUCGAGUUUCUACAACACGGCGGAGAACCCGCAGACUCGGGACAGACACCAAUGUUUGGGUUUGUCGAGGUACCACCUGAACGCUCGGCAAAGGGCAAAAAGCACUCAAUAGAAGGCCCCGAGGCGGUGGGUUUGGAGAGAGUGAGAACGAGAUCUACAGUUACGUCGUCUCUAAAGCCACCGCAGAAUCAACAGAAUGUACUCGGCCGGAUAAUGGUCAGGAGGAGCGUUAAUGUUGAAGGGAGUGUUUUGACAGAAGCUGAUAAAAAUAGCGGCAAGAGCACGGAUGAGCUUUGCGAAAAUGUUAGUCGAGCGUGA